ACAUCACGUUUUGUACCUGGGAGCUCUCAGCUCACUAACACCAGCUACUACUCCCUCCCCCCACCCCCCACUCUCUCACAAAAUGUGCCAGGGCCUCUCCGCCCCAUCGCCGCCGUGUUCGGCGCUUCUCUCCUUCACGCUCCUCCUCCUCCUCUCGGUGGUGGGCCCGGUUUCGGCAUGGCGGCCUUGGCCCCAGAGCAACAAAAUGAACAUCAGCGAUUAUGCCUUCGGGGACUCCAAGAAAUACGAGGGGUCCUCGGAGUUCGUGAAGCUGAGGUACCACAUGGGACCGGUCCUGACGACCAACAUCACCGUCCACACCAUCUGGUACGGCAAGUGGGAGCGGAGCCAGAAGAAGAUCAUCCGCGAGUUCAUAAAUUCAAUCUCCGCCGCGAACUCGCCGCACCCCUCCGUGGCCGGAUGGUGGCGCACCGUGCAGCUCUACACGGACCAAACCGGCGCCAACAUUUCAAAAUCGGUUCGACUCGGCGAGGAGAAGAACGACCGGUUCUAUUCCCACGGCAAAUCACUGACCCGGUUAUCAAUACAGUCUGUGAUAAAGAGCGCCAUCACAGGCAAAACGAGACCCUUGCCGAUCAACCCUAGAAGCGGGUUAUACCUCUUGCUCACGGCCGAUGACGUGUACGUUCAGGAUUUCUGCACGUCGGUGUGUGGGUUCCACUACUUCACGUUUCCCUCGUUGGUUGGGUAUACUCUUCCGUACGCUUGGGUGGGUAACUCGGCAAAGUUCUGCCCUGGACAGUGUGCUUAUCCGUUUUCGGUGCCCGCGUAUAUCCCUAACCGGAAACCGUUUAAGUCCCCAAACGGCGACGUUGGGGUUGACGGCAUGAUAAGUGUGAUUGGACACGAGAUGGCUGAACUGGCAACGAACCCGUUGGCGAAUGCUUGGUAUGCGGGUCAGGACCCCUCUUUCCCCGUCGAGAUUGCCGAUCUCUGUGAGGGGAUUUACGGCACCGGUGGCGGUGGAUCCUACACCGGUCAGGUUUUCGACGCUCGAGAUGGCGCCACCUAUAACAUGAAUGGGAUCAGACGGAAGUUCCUUGUUCAGUGGCUGUGGAGUCACGUUCUCAAUUACUGUACUGGACCUAAUGCGCUUGAUCACUGAUCAUCUCCUCAGUCAAUGUGCUAGAUUUUUCUUUCUUUCUUGGGUUUGGUCUUGUGCUUCUGUGGGAGUCUGGUAAUUUUGUUAAGUUAGUUAAGUUUGUUCAUUAAUGCAAAUAAUGUAAUUUUAUUGUUAUUGUUAUAUCAUAGUUUAUAUCAAGAAAGAUUAUAAGCCUUUUUGGUGUCUAAA